CACUGAUUGUAUCCAGCGACAGGAGAGCGAGCGAGUUGACCGAGGAGUUUACCGUUAACGGACAGUUCAGCCCCCGUAACGGCAAGAGGAGGACAGAGGGAGGAGGAGGUGGAAGAGGAGAACCGGAGAGCCUGCGCGCCCGGGUUUGCUCCCUCUUUCUGGUGACUCAACAACAUCACACAGUCUUCACUACGCUCCUCUCAUGCUUACUGAGAAUGGAUGACACACAAUACGGGGUGAAGAUCGGAGAGAACAAGUACAUCAGCAAGGUAACAGUCCUCUCGCAUCUUAAGACGUACAACCUCUACUAUGAAGGACAGAAUCUACAGCUCAGACACAGAGAGGAGGAGGGGGAGCUGAUCUUCGAGGGCUUGCUGAAUAUCUUCUGGGGCCUGCGACGACCAAUCAGGCUUCAGAUGCAGGAUGACCACGAGCGAAUCCGACCACCCCCCUCCUCUACAUCCUGGCACUCAGGUUGCAAUCUGGACAGUCAAGGUUCCCCUAACAGCACAGAUGGUCAACAGGCGACACAGCAAAGCCCGCCCACAGUGGAAGUGACGCCGCCUGACAGCCAACCAGAGAACAACGGCAUGAUGGAAGAACAGACAGAAGAGGACAGUGAGAGCACCGCUCAGCUCCUCAGGACAAAGAGUGAUGCUGGGGUCUUAAGGCGGGGCCAGCGACGGUCGCCGAGCGACCAGAGGAAAAUUCGACGCCAUCGCUUCUCCAUCAACGGACACUUCUACAACCAUAAGACAGCAGUGUUUACUCCUGCUUACGGCUCCGUGACUAAUGUUCGCAUCAACAGCUGCAUGACGACGCCCCAGGUGCUCCGAGUUCUCCUCAACAAGUUUAAAAUUGAAAACAGCCCGGAUGAUUUUGCUAUCUACCUUGUCCAUGCAAGUGGAGAGCGUGUGAAGCUGAAACGAAGUGACUAUCCUCUGGUGCUGAGAGUAAUGCAGGGUCCAUGUGAGCAGGUCUGCAAGAUCUUCCUCAUGGAAGAAGACCUGGGAGAAGAAGUCACAUAUGAUGUGGCACAGUAUAUCAAGUUUGAAAUGCCCGUCCUGCAGAGUUUCAUCACCAAACUGAAGGAGGAGGAGGACAGAGAGGUGCAGAAACUCAGGAGAAGGUAUACGUACCUGCGAUGUAUAAUUGAGAAGCAGCUCAGUUGUCUUCCAGAGGGAGCGACGUGUAUGUGAUCUGCUUAUCAAACCGUCAAAACAUUCCCAGAGUACCACGUCCACCACCCAGCAGCGUUAAGAGAGUGACCGAGAAUCAGCUGACAAAAACCCAAUCUACGCGUUUCAGCGAUUAUCCUGCUCCACUGACUUCCUGCCUCUGUGUGGGGUCUUUUUCAAAUCAUCCAAUCAGACAAGACUUAAACCUUCUAGACUGAGUGCACCAACUCAGCAGUAGACCAGAGAGUGGUGACGGGUCUGCAACAUUGUAAAGAGUCUUGAUUUAGACCAGAUCACUUUAUCUCCCUCUGCUUUCUUUCUGUUUCUCCUUGUCAUCACAUACAUACAGACAUAGAGAAAAAGACAUUCUUCUGCUCCUCAGUAUUUUUAACCUUGUUGCAGUGCAGUGCUUCACAGAGUGAUCCUGAAAUGAGACAUCCUGUCUACUGGCCAACCUCCAGAUUGUAAGAUGAUACACAAAAUCAAUUUAAAGCACAAUAAUAUGGUCUUAGUAAAGUGCCUGUUAAAAUGUCUCCAAGCACAAAGACACAUCAGAACAUUCUGCGGGUUUUUAGUGGGAAGUACAGAACAACAGGUGAGCGUCAACAGACCACACAGUUUCAGUCACGUGAACCAAACAGACCAAGAGCAAAGCACAGUCCCAGGUAGCACUGCAUGCCUUUAAGAUAAGACUUUAUUCAUUCCCAGCCGGGGAAAUUCGAGUGUUACAGGCAGCAGGCAGUAGCAGGGGGAAUAACACGGUAUGUUCCUCGCUGUUUGAGAAUUUGUUAAAUGUUAAAUUUAAUCGACCCUUUCCAUUUCAUGGCAGCUGAGAUGUUCACUGCAGGGAUUAUUGAGGAUAGAUAAUCUGUUUAUGUUGUGACCAUCAGUCGGCUGGUGGUCUGAUGGUGACAGCUGAAACGGCUCUGCCACCAAUAUUCUCGUCAACCUCUCUGCAAGUAAUGAACAGAAAACAAACCACAAAAGAUCGAACUAUUCCUUUAAAUAUAUAAAAAAAAUGCAUCCUGAAAUAAUUUAACAAGUAUGGGCUCCUUUUGUUUUCUGGUGUAUUGUCCUCACUUGCAUUACUGCCUUAUGUAAGAUGCAAGAAGAGGCGAUGUUGAGAUUUGAAGCACACACUGUUUGAUAGGAGAACACUGUUCAGCAUCAUCCUUCACACAGUGACUCCAGGCAGGGACCAGACUGGCUGCACAAAGGUUAUUUUACAUCCAACAGUUUAACACAAGAAGCACAACACAAGACUGUGAAUUACGCCGAUUAUCUUUGAUGGAAGAAUGUUGUAAAUGUGUGAAUGAGCAUUUAAAAGCAGCACAGUUUGUCUCCACAUGUACAGUGCUUCGCAUACGCCUGCUUUUGUCCGUGUGCGUAUCCCGUCCGUUCAAUAUUUCAAAAAACGUAAAAAGUGUGCGUGUGUGAUCCUGAGAGUGUGCAUGUUGUAUUUUUAGUGACUCUUAAGACUUGCCUGCUUUUGUAUUGUGUCUUUUACAAAAUGAUGAAGGAACUUUAGUCUUUAAGAUGUUAAGAUCUCAUGCCACUACUUGGAAAAUGUUGGAUUUUUUUUCUUACAAUGAUUGUUAUUUAAUUAAAAAAAGGUGAAUCCUUC